GAAACACAGCCUUCCAUUGUUGCAGAUUUGGUGAUUCUUGUUUUGGCCCUAGCCAAAUUUGUGUGGUCCCGGUAGCUCGUGGUUUUUGUUGGACAUGCCGAGGUCGUAGACUUGAUCGAACAAGAUUCGCCUUCGUCUAGUUUCAACGAGAAAGCCAAAAAACGCACGACAAUGCCGUCCUCUGGCAACGCUAGAACCAAUUUAAGCCACGAAGACCAUGUUUCCACAGCACACGGCAACCAGAGCAAUCGAUGCGUACUGUUGUUCGACAUGGAUUGUUUCUAUGCCCAAUGCGAACGGGUUCGACUGGGAUUGCCCCUCGACGUCAAGCUUUGCUUGUUUCAGUGGAAUUCUGUCCUGGCAGUCACGUAUCCCGCAAGAGAACACGGAAUCAAGCGGGGSGAUUCCUGGGACGAUGUGGCCGCGAAAGUGAAGAAAAACAUCCCACACAAGAACAGCAACAGYGRCAGCAAAAACCACGCAAGAAACCAARUCGGUUGUUACACUAUCCAUUUGCCGAUCAUAGGCAAAGCCACCGCGCGAUCCCCCUCGGAAAGCGAAGCCGACUGUGCCCGAGACGGCAACACCGGCGACGACGGCAGCAUCGAAACGAGCUACAGAAAAAUGUUUGAACUGUCUCGAGAGGAACAGCUCAGGUGCCAAAGAACCGAAAACGGAACCCGCCGCUUUCACGACCAGGGAAAAGCCUGCCUGGAACGCUAUCGAAUCGCAAGCAUGCGCAUCUUUGGGGUAGUCUUGGAGAGUCUACAAAAGCGAAUAACCCAACGGAACGGGUACUCGUUCGUAUUGGAACGUGCAAGUAUUGAYGAGUUCUAUCUCGAUUUGACGGAUUACUGUUAUUGUCGGAACCGGAAGAAAGAAUGCGAAGGUAUCGAAGAUAGUCUUGGCAAUCGGCAAGAAGACGACAKCAUAAACAAACACGRCAAAGGAGAUGGUACUGGAAUGAACAAAACRGUCGUMGCAGGACAGAAGACGGAAAUGGGAGAACACUGCAGUAAUAAUGGCGGCACCUGCAAUCGCCUAGAAAUUGCUCUGAAUCGAGCUUGCCAGGUCUCGCACUGGAUAAGAGAAGACGUUUGGAACACUCUAGGCUUUACCAUGAGUGCCGGAAUAUCUAUCAACAAGACCAUGGCGAAACUGGCGGCCUCGUAUGGGAAACCAAACGGGCAGGCGGUGUUGUUUCCGCGCUAUUUCCCAAGCGUCUUGUCCGAGACGAAGAUUACCAAAGUCCGAAACUUCGGUGGCAAGCUCGGCAAGGCCGUCCUAAAAGUGCUCUUGGACUACCAAACACAGGAACGACAACUAUGGCACAGUGCAAGCGAAAGCGAGAGCGAUAUGCUGGAAGCAUUAAAAUCCACGGCCACCAUGGCAGACUUGAGUCAGGUUCCCCUGACAUUCCUUUUGCAGAGCAAGUUGCUUUCCAACGAAUCGGCUAGGUUCGUGUUCUCGGUCAGCCAGGGAAUYGAACACGAGGCCGUUAAGAAUACGUCGGGUGCACUAGUGAAAUCCAUCACCGCCUUCAAGUCGUUUUCGGCCACAAAGAGUCACUCCCAGAUCUUCGACCGGUGGCUCGCGGUUUUGGCAACAGAGAUUCUCGAACGGGUGGCACGAGACACCGCCAGAAACAAACGGUACCCCAAAUCCUGCACCUUAAAUUAUACGUACUAUACCACUCCAAACGGUCAACGACCGUCCACAACAAUGCCCGGAAGCAGCACGCGCGGUCAACGUCAAAGUCGCUCGCUCCGGCUUCGUUUUCCUUCCGAACGAGAAGGCACGCCACAAGAAAAAAGUACUUCUCUCUUGGAACAAGCAAGAACCAAGCUUGCUCCCGUCCUCAAGGACAAUCCCAUACGAGGGGUUGGAUUGUCCGUGAGCAAUUUUGUCGAAUCAUUUCGUACAGCACCGGGGGGUACUGGAUCAAUACAGUCCUUCUUUUCAAUACCCCCAAAAAAUUACAUAUCGUCGUCAUCGAUUUCUCAGUUUUGCGCAGCAACCGAAACCAAACAAUCGACAGUCGCAAAUAUUUCCUCAGCAGACGAAAGUCCAUCUUUCAAAAUGCACGGUGCUCGUGGUGCAUCAGCAGCAAGAAUCAGGGACACAACAAUGAAGCGAAGUCAUUCCGAUUUUGUGGCAGGAUCUUCGUUUCCGGCAUCAUCGUUGCCUGCUAGCAAUCCACUUCCAGCAUCGGCACRCAAACAAGCAACUACAGGMAGAUUAUAUUUGCCGAACAAUGCAAAAUCCGUCCCAGUUCAGAGCGAUAGAUAUCCACAAGAAAUAACAAAUAAUGAGAUCAAGACAAUCGAAGACGAAGACCUAGAAUUUGCUAGGAAACUACAAGCAUCUUUUGGUAAUUUUUUUUGUUUUUGAAAGCAUCUGUGAUGUGAUUGGCAUCUAACAUCUUAUUUGCUUUGCUGGUAGGGUCUUUUGCGUUGAAGUUUACAAGUCUAACAUUAGUUUUCUGUCGCGCUCCAAACAAUGAAAUCUUGCGUUUACAGACCGAGAGAAUUAUGCUCUAUCUACUGCUAAUCGACGGCGAAAGAGUACCACUAACAUGAAGAAGACACGACGCAUCGAUGCUUUCUUYGCGAAAAGAUAGUUUGUCUCAAAACUGUCAAGUGUGAAAUAAAGACGUUUUUAAUAUCCUUUGGCCUUCGAUAUGACGUUAUUACGAAUAAAAAUAUUUUUUCAUUUCAACAUCACUUUAAAUAAAUUUAAGAUGGGAAUUUAUAUGGAACAGGAUGGUGGUAGGGUCUAAGAAGGGUGCCAUAAUACACCGUCGUCGUUGUCUCCUCCAGGUCGUUCCGGGUCGUCUUCGACAAAUUUUUUUUGGCCAUUAACGUGGUUCUCUGUAUUCUCAAUCGCCUGGUUCCCCGUUGUGUCUUCGUCUUCGGAGAAGUUCAUGGUAAAUGUUGAGGUUUCCUCUACGAUGUCUUCCCACUUUGAGCACAAGCACAACAAGAGGAAAGCUAUGGCAAAAUGGAAACCAAUAACGGUUAGGCCCCAUG